ACGAAUCACUGCUUGAACAUUUUCCGUUAUAAAGUUAUCAGAAGUCUUAAAAAAUGCCUCCACGGCCAUCAUCGGGUGAACUAUGGGGCAUCCACUUGAUGCCACCGAGGAUCCUUGUGGAGUGUCUUCUACCAAAUGGAAUGAUAGUGACUCUAGAAUGCCUCCGUGAGGCCACAUUACUAACUAUUAAACAUGAACUCUUUAAAGAAGCAAGAAAAUACCCUCUCUAUCAGCUUCUUCAAGAUGAAUCGUCCUACAUUUUUGUAAGUGUUACCCAAGAAGCAGAAAGAGAAGAAUUUUUUGAUGAAACACGGAGACUUUGUGACCUGCGGCUCUUUCAACCUUUUCUAAAAGUCAUUGAACCAGUAGGUAACAGAGAAGAAAAGAUUCUUAAUAGAGAAAUAGGUUUUGCUAUUGGCAUGCCUGUCUGCGAAUUUGACAUGGUUAAGGAUCCAGAAGUACAAGAUUUCAGAAGAAAUAUUCUUAAUGUCUGUAAAGAAGCAGUGGAUCUUCGAGAUGCCAAUGCACCACAUAGUAGAGCCUUAUAUGUCUGUCCUCCAAAUGUAGAGUCUUCACCUGAAUUACCCAAACACAUAUACAAUAAACUAGAUAAAGGGCAAAUCAUAGUGGUAAUAUGGGUAAUAGUCUCACCAAACAAUGAUAAGCAGAAAUACACCUUGAAAAUCAAUCAUGACUGUGUGCCUGAGCAAGUUAUCGCUGAAGCAAUUAGGAAGAAGACACGAAGUAUGUUGCUGUCAUCUGAACAACUGAAACUCUGCGUCUUGGAAUACCAGGGCAAGUAUAUUUUAAAAGUGUGCGGCUGUGAUGAAUACUUGCUAGAAAAAUACCCACUGAGCCAGUAUAAGUACAUAAGAAGCUGUAUAAUGCUUGGUCGCAUGCCUAAUCUGAUGCUGAUGGCUAAAGAGAGCUUAUAUACCCAGCUGCCACUGGAUACCUUUACAAUGCCAUCUUAUUCCAGGCGCAUUUCUACAGCUACACCCUAUAUGAAUGGAGAAGCUACAGCCAAAUCUCUCUGGUCUAUAAAUAGUGCUCUCAGAAUAAGAAUCCUUUGUGCAACCUAUGUAAAUGUGAACAUCCGAGACAUUGACAAGAUCUAUGUUCGAACAGGUAUCUACCAUGGAGGGGAGCCUUUGUGUGACAAUGUGAAUACUCAGAGGGUACCUUGUUCUAAUCCCAGAUGGAAUGAAUGGCUAUCAUAUGACAUGUACAUUCCUGAUCUUCCACGUGCUGCUCGGCUCUGCCUUUCGAUCUGUUCUGUUAAAGGACGGAAGGGUGCUAAAGAGGAACACUGUCCAUUGGCUUGGGGAAAUAUAAACAUGUUUGAUUACACAGACACUCUUGUAUCUGGGAAAAUGGCUUUGAAUCUUUGGGCAGUACCUCAUGGGCUGGAGGAUUUAUUGAAUCCUAUUGGUGUUACUGGAUCAAAUCCAAAUAAGGAAACUCCAUGUUUAGAGCUGGAAUUUGAUUGGUUUAGCAACCCUGUAAAGUUUCCAGAUAUGACGGUGAUUGAAGAACAUGCCAAUUGGACUAUAUCACGUGAACUAGGGUUUAACUACAGCUAUGCGGGGCUGAGUAACAGAAUAGCUAGAGAUAAUGAAUUAAGAGAAAAUGACAAGGACCAACUGCGUGCUAUAUGUACACGAGAUCCUCUGUCUGAAAUCACUGAGCAAGAGAAGGACUUUCUUUGGAGCCACAGACACUACUGUGUAAAUACCCCAGAAAUUCUACCCAAACUGCUUUUAUCUGUUAAAUGGAAUUCUAGAGAUGAAGUAGCCCAGAUGUACUGUCUGGUAAAAGACUGGCCUCCAAUCAAGCCAGAGCAAGCAAUGGAGCUUUUGGACUGUAAUUACCCAGACCCAAUGGUGCGAGCCUUUGCAGUUCGGUGUCUAGAGAAGUACUUGACAGAUGACAAGCUUUCACAGUACUUAAUCCAGCUAGUACAGGUUCUGAAAUAUGAACAGUAUUUAGAUAAUCAGCUUGUGAGAUUUUUACUCAAGAAGGCACUGACCAAUCAAAGGAUAGGACACUUCUUCUUUUGGCAUUUAAAGUCUGAAAUGCACAAUAAAACUGUAAGUCAGAGGUUUGGUUUACUUCUGGAGUCCUAUUGUCGAGCGUGUGGAAUGUACCUAAAGCAUCUGAGCAGGCAGGUGGAGGCUAUGGAGAAGUUGAUUAACCUCACAGAUAUUCUCAAGCAGGAAAAAAAAGAUGAGACCCAGAAGGUGCAGAUGAAGUUUCUUGUUGAACAAAUGAGGCGACCAGAUUUUAUGGAUGCUUUACAAGGCUUUAUCUCUCCUCUUAAUCCUGCUCAUCAACUGGGAAAUCUUCGGCUUGAGGAGUGCAGGAUAAUGUCGUCUGCAAAAAGGCCCCUGUGGUUGAACUGGGAAAACCCAGAUAUUAUGUCUGAAUUGUUAUUUCAGAACAACGAAAUAAUCUUUAAAAAUGGAGAUGACUUACGUCAGGACAUGCUGACGCUUCAGAUAAUUAGAAUUAUGGAAAACAUCUGGCAAAAUCAGGGUCUUGAUCUUCGGAUGUUGCCUUAUGGUUGUUUGUCUAUUGGUGACUGCGUGGGACUUAUUGAGGUAGUGAGGAGCUCUCAUACAAUCAUGCAGAUUCAGUGUAAAGGAGGCUUAAAGGGAGCGUUGCAGUUCAACAGCCAUACGUUACAUCAGUGGCUCAAGGACAAGAACAAAGGAGAAAUGUACGAUGCAGCUAUUGACUUGUUCACACGUUCUUGUGCCGGCUACUGUGUUGCUACCUUUAUACUGGGCAUUGGUGAUCGACACAAUAGUAACAUCAUGGUGAAAGAUGAUGGACAACUGUUUCACAUAGAUUUUGGGCACUUCCUUGACCACAAGAAGAAAAAAUUUGGUUAUAAAAGAGAACGUGUGCCGUUUGUCUUAACGCAAGACUUUUUAAUAGUGAUUAGUAAAGGAGCCCAAGAAUGUACCAAAACAAGGGAGUUUGAAAGGUUUCAGGAGAUGUGUUAUAAAGCUUAUCUAGCAAUUCGGCAGCAUGCCAAUCUCUGCAGAAAUUACAUUCGAAAGACUCUUGCAUUGGACAAAACUGAGCAGGAAGCUCUUGAGUAUUUCAUGAAGCAAAUGAAUGAUGCUCACCAUGGUGGCUGGACAACAAAAAUGGACUGGAUCUUCCACACAAUAAAGCAACAUGCCUUGAACUGAAAUGAAAGCAAAGAAAACAAGAACUGAUAGCCCGCUUUGGGGGUACUGCACUGUUAAAACCUGUUUGUUAGCAGCAAAGACUGGUUGCAUAGGAAUUGCACAAACCACGAAUGACAUUAGAACUGACAGCAAGAAAAGAGUUGAACUGUUCAGACAAUUGUCGAAAAAUAAUGUAAAACAGGGUUUCAGAUAGCACUAAAAUUGUACACUUCAAAAAUUAAGCUUUAGUAGGAUGUGUGACUUGAUGUUAUGCCUUAAGCCCAAAAAGGUAAACUUGGACGAAUGUUUCCUUUUUUCAUGUGAUAGGAUAAAUUAGAAGGAGAAAGAAAAUAGCGCUAGCGUGCAAAAGAGUCCAUCAUAUAUUACCUUAGAUCUGGUACAACAGGUAAAGACUAUGCUGGAUUGAGAAGAGUGGAAAGAGAACUCAAGUGACAGUGAGUCUUUUUUAGAUGCAGCAUAGUUUAAAGGGAAGGAGUUUUAAGCUCAAAGAUCUUAAAAUAACAGUGAAGGGACAGUGCCUUUUAAAUGUGCUUGGAGGCAUUAACAUAUAUGGGGUUUAGAUGACCCUUUGAUUUCUGGGUCCGUCAUCUGCACAGUUUCUGAAAGCAGUAGGAAAUAGGCCCAUUCAAUAUGGUAUUUCUUCUGCUCAGUGUUUCUAGGGGUGCAAUUCAUACCUUCACAAAGAAACUCUCAUCCCCUUCAUCCCAAAAACCUGACUAACCUGGAAAUUGAACGGUCAGAAUUGGGUUUAGUGCAACAAAGAGUUGUAGUGUUCAUCUUAGGUUUGCUUUAAUCUAACUUGAACUGAAUAGAUUUUUUUCAUACAUGUUUUCCAGAGCCUAAAGAAAGGUGAGUUAUUAAAAUUAUUGAAAGAUUAUUUUUUUAUAAAGGCUAUUUAUAUAAUAGGAACUAUUAUUAAUAUAUAUUCUUUAUUUACAUGAUUUGUCCCAUAGUCACUCUUUUAAUUUUGCAGCCCAGUUCUAUCUGUCCAAGACUCCCGUUUCCAUUAACGUCACUGAGGGUGACCAGAUAUACUCCUAGGACCAAAUUCAACCCUGGUGAAAGAGGACACAAGUACCAUUGAAGUAGUGGGAGACACACCCACUAGUGCCAGAGGUGAACUUGGCCUAAGCCUCUUCAAAAAAUUUUGGGCAAUAGUCUUCACAUUACUGAAGUUAUAUGCUGGCUAUUCAAGGAACGUACGUUUAAACCCUCAGUCUUUGGGUCCACCAUUUCUCCUCUUUCUUCCUCCUUUGGAAGUGAUUGUUUAAUCCAGUAACCAGUACAUCAGAAAUAAUUGUUUAGUUUUUCAAUACGAUCAAUAAGCAGUUCAACAUACGGCAAAUGCGCUGGCUAGCUCAAAGCAUGUGGAGUUACCUAACAUUUUAUAGCUUUGUCUGUUUUGUGUGUGCGCGUGUGUGUGCGCGUGUGUGUAUAAUGUAUAUUUGUAAAUCUAGUUGUUGUCCUCUUAACACAAUAUGAUGUGUGCAAUCAAUUAAAUUGGCACCACUUUUUGAAACUAUUCAGAGUACCGAGGAUUCCAGAUUGCCCUUAUGCACAACUACAGGUAGGACUGUUUUCCUAAUUAUCAAACAGGUUUUUUUAAUUAGUGAAACCCAUGGUUCUGAGGGUGUUGUUUACCCCAGCGUUUUAAACGUGCUAGAUCUGCAGCACUUGGAGCGAAUUCCAAAGGUCUGGAGCUUUCGGGGGUUCAGCUCGUUCACUUGCAGACACACACAGGUGCCGCUCAGUAAGUGCAAUACCACAUGUAAUAUAAAAUAUGCUGACGGCUGGUGUUAGAUUAGCAUAUAAGUAUAUAAAUUAACUGUACUUUGUGCAGGCUGUACUGAUGAGGUAAUGAGUGGUUGGCUUCAUUUAGCAAAUUGUAAUAUAUUAAAAAUGUGCAAUCGAUUACAUUAUGAAAGACUUUGGGGAUUAUAAAGCCAAGACUUUGGUCUUUCAAGACACUUUCAGAGUCAAGAUCCUGCAGUUAAUUACUGUACACACAGAUACUUGACAGUGUUGGAGUGGGGGGAACCUGUUUUUGUGAAAACUACACAAGUUCCAAGAAUAGUACAGGGAAUGUGAAGUUUUAUUUCCUUAGUUCUACUAAACGUUUUGGAGAAGUCCAGCGGACUUCCCGUUGCUCUUUAUUGACUGUUACAUACGCCUUUUGGUUCGUAUGAAUUUUUUUCACUCCUGCUAACCUUGAUCAUAGUUUCUAGAACACACUACCCUUCUAUGUACUACUUUGCAGUCAACACUAUUGUUUUAGCUCUUUUAAAACAUGGCUUAGUUUCAGUUAGUUUAAAUUCUGUUUAGUUCAAAAUCUGAAACCCUGUUGGCUGUAGCUCUUUAAUUUAACAGUAAAAGUGUUACACAAAUGCCACAUCAAGUGCUGUAUUAUCCUUAUUUAUCUGAUAUUGAAACAAUGUUUGGCUUUCGUUAUGUAAGAGACAGCCUUAUUCAAUCUGGACAGGUCCAUGCAAAUUUAUUGGAUCUUAUGAGCCCAACUUUUCUUGUACUCAGCCCUUUCCUAGCCAUUUACUUCUGUCAGUGUGGGUAUAAAUGUCUUUAAUUCAAGCAUAGAGUGUUUUGCACCCUUUUUGCACAAACUGAAAGGUAUGAGGAAUCAGGCUCUGUUUCUGAAAGUUACUGCAAUUAAACGCUGUGCACAAGCUGUAGACGUUCUUAUGGACAUCAACUGGUAGAAGAAAGGAAACUUCAUACUGAUAUAGACAUUAUAUGAUUUGGGGUAAUUAUAGUGUUUAAAAAAAACAAAAACAGUAUGAGAAUAUCACGGGCUUUAAGCAACUGUUCUCACCAUAACCAAGACGGACAUUUGAAAAACGUAAUGUUUCAGCAGAAAAAAAUCCUUUUUUCCAAAAGGAAAACAAGGCAUUUAAAGCCAGAUUACAUUCUUCUGUUACACCAGUUUUGUGCUGAUGUAACUUCCCUGAAGAUAGUGGAGUUACUACUGACCUAGAUUGGUGUAAAUGAGAGGAUGUCAUCUCUGCUUGGCUUCAGAAAUAAGAUCUGCUUGCAGACUGUGAAAGCACCUGUAACUGAGCUCUGGAGUUUUAUAGAGAUGGCUUGGAAUGUAAAUUUGUAAUAAUUUUUUAAACUAUUGACACUUAAAGGAGAUUUGAAAAUACUCCCUUUACUCUGAGAAUCAGCUGCACAAAACACUAAGUUUAUUUCAAGUUUGAAUUGAAACUGAAUACCUUGCUCCUGCAAAACUUUGCAGGAGGCCUGCAAGAGCAAGGAGCCCAGGAUUGGGCCAUGCGUUUUCUUACGAAGCCAUUAGGUAAUGGUGAUGUAGUGAAAUACAACUUUUAAAACAGUACCUUUUUCAACUGUGAAGCUAUGUUUGAUUUAAUGACAAAACAGGCUGCUGCUGAUUAGUUUUUCAUGAAGAUAUAUUCUUUGCUUUCCUAAAGGUGGCAGAAAAGGCGCCUGUAUUGACUUACAUAUGCACGCUUUUCUGUUCUGAAGGAGUGCAUUAGUAGUUUCUUCAUAAGUUAAUCACACUUUCAGUAUAAUUUAAAAAAAAAA